UGACGAUCCAAGUCACAGUUGCGGAAGUAUGUUUGUUAGUCGCUGACAUGACAAGUUGAAUAUCGGUACAAGACGCUUUCGUUUUAAUUCUGUAAUCUUCGAAGGAGCAUGUUGACAUACAGGCUGCAGUUCUGAUGUGGAGCGCCAGCGUUGAAGUCCCGUGCUUAUUGCCAUGGCAUCAUCCCCAUCGUUCCCCCUCCUCCUCCUCCUCUCCCCCCUGAUCCUCCUGACUGUUCACCCUCUGCACACCCCUCCUCUGUCGCCGGACGCCUCCGCUCUCCCGGCUCCACCCCCCUCCUGCGGCCCGGGACAGUCGUGGGCGGUGCGGUUGCACGCCCGCCUGAACGAGGAAGGGCACGACAUGGACAACCUGGCACACCUGGUGGCGGAGGACGCCGGCCUGGAGAACCGCGGGCAGAUCGGGCAGCUGGCGGGGCACUACCUGCUGUGCCGGGGGACCGAGGACGAGGGCCAGAGGGACACCAGGGGGGCCAGCGCUGCAGGACAGGCCCUGGCUGACCACCCGUACGUGGCCUGGCACUCUCAGGAGCUCCUCCUCAGCCGAUCGAAGAGGAGCGUGGCGUUCAACGAUCCCAAGUAUCCCAAACAGUGGCAUCUGCACAAUGAGCUCCGCGCGGGCAUGGACAUCAACGUGACCGGAGUCUGGGAGCGCAACAUCACAGGGGCAGGGGUCACCGUGGUGGUCGUCGACGACGGCGUCCAACACACAUUGGCAGAUAUUCAGCCUAACUACAGCCCUGAAGGCAGCUAUGACUUGAACUCCAAUGACCCUGAUCCUAUGCCCCAUCCUGAUGUGCGGAGCGACAACCACCACGGCACUCGCUGCGCUGGGGAAAUUGCAGCCGUGUCCAACAAUAGUUUCUGUGCUGUGGGUGUUGCUUACGGCAGCAAAGUUGCAGGAAUCCGGGUGUUGGAUGGCCCACUAACUGAUAGUAUGGAGGCUGUAGCGUUUAACAAACACUAUCAGGUCAACGAUGUCUACAGCUGCAGCUGGGGGCCUGAUGAUGACGGGAGAACUGUUGAUGGACCACAUCCUUUGGGCAAGGCGGCGCUGCAACAUGGCGUGAUCGCUGGCAGGAGAGGCUUUGGCAGCAUUUUUGUUGUUGCCAGUGGCAACGGGGGCCAGUACAACGACAACUGCAACUAUGAUGGCUACGCUAAUUCCAUCUACACUGUCACCAUUGGAGCGGUGGAUGAGAAUGGGCGUAUGCCCUUCUAUGCAGAGGAGUGCGCGUCCAUGCUGGCAGUCACCUUCAGCAGCGGAGGCAGAUCACUGCGCAGCAUUGUGACGUCGGACUGGUCUCUGCAGGAGGGCACGGGCUGCACUGAUGCCCACACGGGCACCUCGGCCGCAGCUCCCCUGGCGGCGGGCAUGAUCGCGCUGAUGCUGCAGGUGCGUGCCUGUCUCACCUGGAGGGACGUGCAGCACAUCAUCGCCUACACGGCCACCCAGUACACUGAUGCGAAGGCUGAAUGGGAGACUAACGGUGCUGGGUUCCACCACAGCCAUCAGCACGGCUUUGGCCUCCUCAAUGCCUGGAGGCUCGUCAACGCUGCCAAGGUGUGGGUGUCUGUUCCUUUUCUGGUAUCCUACCAAAGCCCUGUGCUGAAAGAGGACCGGAAGAUCCUGGCCUACCCCGACCGCCUGGUGCUCAGCUGGAAUGUAACUGCAGCAGAUCUGAAGCAAUCAGGCAUGAAGACCUUGGAGCAUGUGUCGGUCACCGUGACGAUGGCACACGCCCACCGUGGUAACGUCGAGAUUACGCUGCUCUGCCCGAGUCAGAUGACCUCUCUCAUCGGGGCCCGCCGGGCCCUGGACUCCGAUGCCUCUGGCUACACGGACUGGACCUUCUCCACGGUGCGCUGCUGGGGGGAGAAAGCCGAGGGCCAGUACACCGUGCUCAUCACCGACCACAGAGAGCAGAGCAAGCCGCUGGACCCGCUGGGCACGCUGAACCACUGGAAGCUCACGCUCUACGGCUCCUCCAUGUCCGACGAGGAGGUGAAGCAGAGGCAGAGCCUUGUGGAGGAGGCCAUGAGUGGACAGUUCCUGGACAGCAACUUCUCCAUGCCCUGUCCACCUGGCCUGGACAUCGCCCCUGAGAAGGUGAACCCUCUGACCUCCAACAGCCUUAAGUCUCUGCUGCUGCUGGGCUGCUUCGCGCUCUUCUGGUCACUCUACUACACGAUGGAGGUGGCCCUGGCCCACCUGGACCUGCGGGAGCUGUGGAGGGGUCGGCGGAGCCGCCCGCCAAGCGGCUUCCAGGCCGUGCGUCUGGAGGAGGGCCCUGAGCUGCUGGGGCUGGAGCUGCAGCGCGUGGUCAACACGGACGCCAAGGUGCCCGUGAUAGCCGGUGACGUGACGGCGUACUCGGACUCGGGCAAGGGGUCCACAGACUCGAACUAAGACUCGGCCCAGGGUACUUCCUGUUGCGGUCACGUACAACCGACCCAAGCCCCCCCUCCCCCACCCUGCCCAUAAUCGUCACCCAGCAGCCUACAGACUGCUCCCCCCCAGUGUGGUGUGUGCAGUUGGUCUCUCUGCCACAUCGACUGAGGGGAGCUCACACUCAAGCUGCUCUGUGCUGGAAACAAAAAAAAAUGUUGGGUGGAGUUUGUGGAUUUUGGGCGUAUGGCCCCAACAUUGUUGGGUCUUUUUUUGUUGUUUUGAAGGGGGGAGGGGGUAGAAGGUACUGAUGAACUGGGGGAUAUCAAUCGAUACCCAGUGACAUCCCAUGAGCAGGGUUGCUGGAAAUGGCGUCAGACAUUUCAUUGUCUGGCGUUUCUAGAUGCCCUCCUCCAGGGUCCUCAACGAUGGUACUAGACUAAUUCUGAAUCUCCAAAGGGAUUGUGCUGACUGACCUUAAAGGUUGGCCGAGAUCCAGGUUCGCCAUCGGACUCAAAAGAGGACUCGCUCCCUGCCUUGACCAACCGCUAAAGUGCACUAUGGUUGCUUUUAAAUGCUGCAUAUAUACACACACAAGUCAUGUGGGAGUGAUUGAGAAUGGGUGUGAGUGAGUGAGUGUGUGAGAGUAUGUAUGUUGGGGUGGAGGGGCGAAGGGGAAUGUUUUGUGUGUGCGUGCAUGUGUUUAUGUGGGUGGGUGUGGGCUGAACUGUAAAAAAUCAAGAUUGUGUCUUACAGAGUGCUAUAUUUUUAUUAAAUUAUCUACUUUUUGCAACAUCAAUCAGUGCUGAUGUUCAGGGGUUUAGAAAGUAUUGUGUUAUAAUGAACAAAAUAUACCCACACUAAUGCACACUAUCCAGAAGGUGUGUCGGCUGUGCAGCUAUAUUGGACUUUUUCUCAAGAUUUCUAUUAAACUGAUUUUCACUGAGGUUAACUUGGACUUGGAGCGAUGACCCAAAGACUGAGUUGAACGCAGCUGGUCUGAUCGAUCUCAAUAAAGAUGAUUUGGCUGUAGAA